AUUCGUUAUUUAAUGGAUAACCAUAAAUUCAAGUCCUUCAACAAAUAAAAAGAAAAGAAAAGCAUAAAUUUAAGUCCGGCUUUUUUUCUUUUACAGUUUCAAACACUAAAUACUAUCACAUUGAAAAGCUCUUCGUUAUUCGAAAAGGACGAUGAAGAAGAUUUUUUUUGGAUUAUUAAACAAAGAAAAAAGUGUUAAUAAGAAAGAAGGCAUCAUCAAAAGGCCAUCAAAUGAGAACGUUAUUUUCACAGAUGAAGUACGAAGGUACCCAAACAACUUAGACUACCUUUAUUUGUGUAGCCAAGGAAGAAAUGCGGUUAAGGAUUUUGAUGGAGUUUUUGAGAAAAUGCACUUGGCGAUCUCCGUUAAUCGGAACGAGGCAUUAGACUCUGUUUUGAAUGAUUUCAAAGAGGGUUACUUGACUCUCUCAUGUAAUGAUCGGAACAAGUUACUUCUUGGAUUGGCGAAAGAAUAUUAUGUCGAUGACAUUCAAGUGGAACAACUCAUUGACCAAUAUCUCAUCAGACUACUCGAGAUUUGCCCAAGGAAUGAGAUGGAGCCGCAUGAUAAUCUCGAUGCAUUAUACUCCAUUGAGCGGAAUCUCAAGUAUGCCCUCCGGCCAGACUAUGAUAUUCUCUUCGAGAGGCUACACAAAAGUUCCGGAGGAGUCAAGUUUUUAUGCACUCUCGAAGUAGACAUUCUAUCAAUGCUCACGUAA